GAAAUUACUAGGGAGUGCAGUUGACGUCCACACCCUGUAAAGGGCCUCAGGGUCAAGGCAGUUUGCACAUCUCCCAUUCUCAUUCAUUUCAUAAGCUUCGAGGACUCUGUCUCUGAGACCCUGAAGGAACUUUCAGACCCGGCUACUGAGAGACAAAAGGGCUGACUUCUAACAAGAUUCCAAAACAGAAAAAACACAGGCUGGCAGGACCCAGCCAGGGCAGAUUGCUUGGCCAGGCCAAGGGGAGGAGCUCGUGGGGCGGAGCCUAACAAUGGGCGGACCCAAGAAGAGGAACCCUUGGUCCCCAGCCAGGUGGCUGUGCGCGGUUCUACUGUUUCUGUGUGCAUCGGACCUUCUGUUGCUCCCUCCUCCUGAAGCCUACGCGGCAGACACUCCGGGCGAGGCCACCCCACCUCCACGGAAAAAGAAGGAUAUCCGCGAUUACAACGAUGCCGACAUGGCGCGACUUCUGGAGCAGUGGGAGAAAGAUGAUGACAUAGAAGAAGGAGACCUUCCAGAACACAAGAGACCCUCGGCACCUAUCGACUUCACCAAGCUAGACCCAGGCAAACCUGAGAGCAUCUUGAAAAUGACAAAGAAAGGGAAGACUCUGAUGAUGUUUGUCACAGUCUCGGGGAACCCCACUGAGAAGGAGACAGAGGAAAUCACCAGCCUGUGGCAGGGUAGCCUGUUCAACGCCAACUAUGAUGUUCAGAGGUUCAUCGUGGGAUCAGACCGCGCCAUCUUCAUGCUCCGGGAUGGGAGCUAUGCCUGGGAGAUCAAGGACUUUUUGGUCAGUCAAGACAGGUGUAGUGAAGUCACUCUAGAGGGGCAGACGUAUCCUGGCAAAGGAGGAGGAAGCAAGGAGAAAAAUAAAACAAAGCCAGAGAAGAGUAAAAAGAAGGAGGGAAAUUCCAAACCACGAGCUUCCAAGGAAGACAACCGAGCUGGGAGCAGAAGAGAAGACCUCUAGCAGGUGGCAAGCUUCCCGCCCGGGAGGCAGGACCAGAUGGCCCCUGGCACUGGUGGGGCAGGUGGGUGCAGGAAACUGCAUAGCAUGACAUUCUCAUGUCCUGUAGAAAGGGUCUAUGUGUGACCGUCUGGCCAAUAUCACAGUUACUGUAUAAAAGGCUUCACGUGUGAAGGCAGGAGUUGUGAUUGGUAGUGGACGGAAGUUAGGCUGUCUAUGACAUCACCUGACUUGGAAACUUGAUAGACAUUUUGUACCUCUUGUAUCUCAUGAGUCCUUGAGACACACACACACACACACACACACAUCCCGGAGUACCACUCCCUCUUCACUGCACCUGCUGUGGUCCCAUGGCCUGUUGUAUCUGUGUGUUACAAGCUCAAGUCAGACAAGCCUUGAGAACCUUUGGCAUGACUGAAGCAGGCAUUGAUGGUUCAGUGAGUAAAGAUAAAUAACUGUGUCAUGAGCAGCGCUGUGCGCCCAGGAUCUGGACAGCAAACUCAUUAUGCAGAACGUGCAGAUUCACGACAGUGCCAUCCAGAAGUCGUAAGGAGUCAGUCAUUCAUUUCACAUGACUUGUAUCCUCGGCAUUUUAGGGGAUCCUUUGUCUCAGUCUUCCUGUGGUUGUAGAGGGAAUGCUCUUGUGCCUCACGGAGGAAAGAAAGAUGCUUCAGCUGCGGGAUCAUGUUCUGCAUAGCUUGACAACUGUAAAGUUGGUGAGGAGGGACCAGCAGAAUCUUCCAUAGGAGUGGACCUCAUCUACGGUAUUUCGAGGUGGUUUUCUUUGAUAAAGUGCCUACACUUGUGCUUUUGUACGCUACUCUCAUGAUGUGCUACUGUUGGCAUCACAUUUUGCUGUUCAUAGAUUGAAGCUUAUCUAAAAGAACAUUUCUAUGAGGAUGCAUUUUUAAGAAUUUAACAUUCUUUAAAACCUCAGUUGUGGUUUUAAAUUCAAAAUAGUACGUGCACACAUACCCAGCUAGAAAGUGUUACAGUGUGAAGAAUUGCCCUACCCUGCUGCCAGUACUUUGUCCCAGUGAAGCUACUGUUGAUUGGUUUUUCAAAAAUAAAGUACAUUUACCGGCUUCCA